GCGCACACUGCUAUUACCAAGGCAUAAUGGAUAUAUGGGGCAGCAACCUGGCAAGACCUUGAAAGAGAAGAUCAGCAAUCCUGCUCUUCAACUUCAAGCCUCCAACCAGCCAUUCCCUCAGCGACCUCAAAAAAUGCGAAGACCGAUGACAUCUCCUGGUAAUGCGCCAAUCAUUGCCACUUUCGAGAAGCACAUUCCAUUUGUGUUAGCAUUCGAGUCGGAAGUGGUUGCUGAACAGCUCACCAUCAUCGAGAAAGAUGCUCUGGAUGAGGUGGACUGGAAGGACCUGAUUAGUCUGAACUGGCAGCAAAGUCCCCCUUACGUCCGCAACUGGGUCGACUUCCUCAACAAGGAGACGUCAAAUGGCAUCGAUAUUGUCAUUGCACGAUUCAAUCUUGUCGUCAAAUGGUGCAUCUCUGAGAUUGUGCUUACCGAGGCCCCAAGCGAGCGAGCGCGAGCAAUCACGAAAUAUAUCCACAUCGCGAGUCACUGCCAUCGCAUGCGCAACUAUGCCUCACUUUAUCAGAUCACAUUGGCUCUACGAUCCACCGAGAUCAGUCGUCUCCAUGACACAUGGGGACUAAUUGCGCUCCGAGAGAAGCACAUGCUUGAGCAACUCGAGCAACUCUGUCGACCUCUGCGAAAUUUCCACAACCUACGCGCAGAAAUGGAGACGGCAAUGCCCAACAACGGCAUCAUACCUUUUAUUGGCUUAUACACCCACGACCUGAUGUUCAAUGCGCUCAAGUCAGCGCGCAUAACGUCUCCAGUGGCGGGCAAGGAACCACUGGUGAAUUUCGAGCGAUACCAAACGGCAGCUAUGAUUGUGAAGAAUUUACUCAGAUUGAUCGAGGCGAGCUCCAGAUACACGUUUCGACCUGAACCUGAGGCUCUCAGUCGAUGUCUCUGGAUUGCUGCGCUCGAAGAUGACGAGAUUACUGCGCGAAGCGUUGCGCUGGAGAAGGAUUAAUGGAUUUAUGAUUCACGAAUUGUUUGCCAUUUCUUGGAGGCGUUUCUUGGCCGUCUUGGUUUGCGAUACCCCUCUUACGAACCCCAAUUGCAUAACAGGCUCCUUUGUUCAAUGGUGUUCAACGGCAACAGUACUCGUCGUUGACCUUAGAGGGCAUUAUCUUUCUGGGCAUCCGCUUCGGUGGUAUCUAAUCAAUAGAAUGUCUACGAAUGUAACAGUUGUAAAUUUCAAGACUU